UGGAUUCUUUUGACUACGGCAGGACGGUAAUUUAGGAAUAAUGAUGGAAUCUACUAUAACGGCUCUUUUACUAAUUUUUGCGUGCAGCAAGGAAGUUGGCUUCUCUCUUUCCGUGGACGCAAGGAGAGCUAAUAACAAUAUGCAGCAGAAUCGGGUUCCAAACGAGAUCCCCCCUUUGGCAGCGCCGCCCCUCAGAAUUUCAGCGUUCAACAUACAAGUGUUCGGACGAUCGAAGCUCAAAAACAAAGGCGUUACCGACAUCAUCACAAAGAUUCUUCAUCGCUAUGACAUCAUUCUUAUUCAAGAAAUCAGAGACAGUAAAGAAACCAGCUUGGACAGCUUGCUUAAAACCCUUAACAGAAUCGAGCCUGAUGACCCGUUCAAGGCUGAGGUCAGCGAAAGACUUGGGAGAACGAACAGUAAGGAACAGUACGGCUUCCUAUACAGACCCAGCCGCGUCAGUGUAGCAGACGUCUAUCAGUACGACGACGGCAAGGACGAUGGCACCGAUGCGUUUGAGAGGGAGCCGUUCGCUGUCCGCUUCUCGUCCCCACACACAGGUCAGUGUACAACAGCUACCACGGCGUCAAACAACGUCAUUAAAAGUUAA